CCACUUGUGGCGCUGGCAGGAAGGAGGAGAGACGGAGCCCACUUGCAGAGCCUGGGGUACCACUGACGAACGCCAGGAUGCUCUUUCUUUUUUGAAGCUUGGUGGGCAGGAGGAAAAGAAGGGGAAGGACUGCGAAAUGACCUGGACUUUCUCCGCAGAAUGAGUUAAGGGAAUAUCAGCAGAAGCACAGCCCUGGUGUUCCUGCAGGAGCUAAGAAAAAAAGAAAGAUCAAGAAUGGCAGUAGCCCUGAGACAACCACUUCUGGGGAUUGUCCCACACCUGAGGAUAUUCAGGACAUUCUGAAGGUGCUGGUGUCCGACCUUAACCGCUCCAAUGGGGUAGCGAUCCCCCCAUUGGACAAGUGGAAGGCACCCAAAGAUAGUGCAGAUCUUGUUACAUCGUCUGCUGAUGACACCGUGUCACCUGGCGGUGUCCUUUCCCCCUGUGCUAGUCCCCUCCGUGGCACUAGCAUGGCAACAACUCAGAACCAUGAUGCUGAAAAUGGUCCUGUUCCCAUUGAUGAAAACACAUCUUUCUCAUCCACCGAGAGCCUGCGACAGCUAUCUCAGCAGCUCAACGGUCUUGUGUCCGAGUCUUCACCUUAUAUCAAUGGGGAGGGCCUAGCAUCUCCUGCUAACAUAAAGAAGCUGGAGAGCCGGUACCACGAACUAUCACUAGCCCUGGACUCCAGCAAUCUAACAAACAAACAACUCAGUAGCAAGAUAGAGGAAUUGAAACAAGAGAACCAGGAAACUCUGGAUCAACUGGAAAAAGAAAAAAAGGAAUUUGAGCAGAAGCUUGCGAAGGAACAAGGGGCUCUGAGAGAACAACUGCAGGUCCACAUCCAGACCAUCGGGAUUCUAGUGUCUGAGAAGACGGAACUGCAGACCGCCCUGGCUCACACCCAGCAGGCAGCCCGGCAAAAAGCAGGAGAGUCGGAGAAUCUGGCUAGUCGCCUGCAGUCUUCCAGGCAGCGCGUGGGCGAGCUGGAGCGGACGCUGUCUGCCGUGUCCACGCAGCAGAAGCAGGCCGAUAGGUACAACAAGGAAUUAACCAAAGAGCGAGACACCCUCAAGCUGGAAUUAUACAAGAACAACAAAAGCAAUGAGGACCUAAAGCAGCAGAAGUCGGAGCUGGAGGAGAAGCUGCGGCUCAUGGCGACAGAGAAGGCAGCCAUGCAGCUGGGGAUGGAGGAACUUCAGAAGAAGCUGGAGAUGUCGGAGCUGCUGCUGCAGCAGUUUUCUACUCAGCCUACCCCUGACAGCAGCCAGCAGUUGCAGCAGGCCCUGGAGGAGCGGGCACAGCUGGAGACCUGUGUGGGGCAGCUGCAGGACUCGCUGAGGCAGCUGCAGGCAGAGAGAGACCAGUAUGUGGCGAAUCUGAAAGAAGACAGCACUGUUUGGCAGCAUAAGAUGCAGCAGAUGAAUGAGCAGCUGAACAAGCUGAGGGCAGAAAAAGAGCACAGCAUGAGUCAGGUGCAGGAGCUGGAGACCAGCUUGGCCGAACUGAGGAACCAGGCAGCGCCCCCAUCAGGGCCCUCGGAGACUGAACAGCGGCUGCAGGCAGAGGCUGAGCAGUUACAGAAGGAAGUGGAGAGCCUGGCCAGGCAGCUACAGGCGCAGGUGAAAGACAAUGAAAACCUGAGCCUCCUGAAUCAGGAGCAGGAGCAGCGGCUGAUGGAGCUGGAGCGGGCGGCCGAGUGCUGGGGGGAGCAGGCGGAGGAGCGCAAGCAGAUGCUGGAGAGCAUGCAGAGCGACCGCACCACCAUCAGCCGCGCGCUCACGCAGAACCGCAAACUCAAGGAGCAGCUGGCUGAGCUGCAGAACGGAUUCGUCAGGCUGUCCAACGAGAACAUGGAGAUUACCAGCGCGCUGCAUUCGGAGCAGCAUGUCAAGAAGGAGCUGGCCAAGAAGCUGGGCCAGCUGCAGGAGAACCUGGGAGAGCUGAAGGAGACGGUGGAGGUCAAGAGCCAAGAGGCGCAGGAUCUGCAGCAGCAGCGAGACCAGUACCUGGGCCACCUACAGCAGUAUGUGGCCGCCUACCAGCAGCUGGCCGCCGAGAAGGAGCUGCUGCACAAGCAGAUGGUACUGCAGACCCAGCUCGUGGACCAGCUGCAGCACGAGGACAUGCAGGGCAGGAUGGCGGUGGAGACAGCCCGGCAAGAGUUACAGGAGGCCCAGGGGCGCCUGGAAGCUGCCAACCAGCAUAACCAGCAGCUACAGGCCCAGCUGACCCUCAUGGCUGUGCCUGGGGAAGGAACUGAGCUGGACAUUGAGGACGAGGACAAGGCCGGGGAAGCUCCCCGGCCAAAGCUGAGUGUGCCAGAGGAGCUGGAUAGCCGAGAGGCCGUGGUGGAAUUUUUUAACUCGGCCUUAGCCAGUGCCGAGGAAGAGCAGGCACGACUCCGAAGGGAGCUGAAGGAGCAGAAGCUUCGCUGCCAGCGCCUGGCUCACCUGGUAGCUCCAGCCCAAGAUGGGGUGGAGAAGGAGGCCCCAGCCCCCGGGACCGAGGGGGACAGUGUGUCAGCCCCCGGGACCGGGGGGGACAGUGUGCCUGUGGAGACCCACCAGGCCCUCCAGGUGGCCAUGGACAAGCUGCAGGGCCGCUUUACUGAACUCAUGCAAGAGAAAGUGGAUCUGAAGGAGCGGGUAGAGGAACUGGAACAUCGCUGCAUCCAGCUGUCCGGAGAGACAGACACUAUCGGAGAGUACAUUGCUCUCUAUCAGAGCCAGAGGGCGGUGCUGAAGGAGCGGCACCGCGAGAAGGAGGAGUACAUUAGCCGGCUGGCUCAGGACAAAGAGGAAAUGAAGGUGAAGCUGCUGGAGCUCCAGGAGCUGGUGUUACACCUGGUGGGCGAGCGCAAUGAAUGGCAAGGCAAAUUCCUGGCUGCCCAGAACCCUGCUGGGGAGCCCACCGUGGCGCCCCCAGCCCCCCAGGAGCUUGGCGCUGCUGAGAACCAGGGUGGUCUCCUGGAGGUGAGCCUCUCGGACAAUGUGGAGCCCACCCAAGGGGAGGCCCUGCUGGGCCAGACCCUCACCGAGAACCCCACCGCGCAGCAGAUCAUGCAGCUGCUGCGCGAGAUCCAGAACCCCCAGGAGCGCCUGGGCUUGGGCAGCAACCCCUGCAUCCCCUUUUUCUACCGGGCUGACGACAACGACGAGGUGAAGAUCAUGGUGGUCUAAGUGCCUGAGGCUGGCAGGCAAAGACCGGAGAACUGGGGCCGGGGGCUCUGCCCCCACCCGUCCCCGCCACCCUGUCCCUCCUCCCUGCCCUCCUUCCCAGUCACGUCGUCAUCCUAGACUAGCAAGCUAAUGCCCCUGGAAAGGGGAACAAGCCCCCCCCUCUAAUGGGGGGAGACACAUAGGUGCAGACCCCUGGCCGUCUUGGCCAGGGCUGUGUCUUGAUCUCUGGACGAUUAAUAGUUCCAGAAAAACAAAGAGCCAGAGGCUCGGUAAAGACAGUUGAUUUAGGAGGCUGCCCUUCUCGGGGAGCAGGGGCUCCCUGGUAGCCUCUUCACCCCCAUCAAGCAGUCCUUCAUUAAGAGGGGCUUAUGCAUCCUCUAUUCAGAGGCACUUUGGGGCACAAGUGUCCCCCCCUGUCCAGCUAGACAACUGGGCAGCACUCUAAUAGGCCUUGGGAAGUUGGGGCAAACCGAGGCCAGGCAAGGACAUAAGCUGGUGGCGGAAUGGGCUCCCUCCCCAGUGUUUAUACUGUAACUGUGUAACAUUUUGUAUAUUCUGGAGGUAGAGCAGCCCCCUGUAUCACAGGGGAGGUCAGAGCUGGUAAAUGGGGAGGAGUUUCCAUUGAAUAUCUGGGGCUGGGGAAACUUAUUUAUUGAUAACGUAGGAUGGAGAGGAGGUGGAGGCGGGGACGGGUUUGUGCCCGGGUGAGUCGACUCCUGUUUCAUUUCACUUUUUAUUUCAGAAUAAAUGGAUUUAGCCAUA